GUGGAGUUGACAGCAGGCUUACUUAUCGGUUUCUCAUCACUUUUUUGAUUAAUAAUUGCUUAUUUCUUGUUUUCUUAUGAUGCGUUUCGAGCCGCCGACGAGCCGUUGAGCUCUGCAUCCGGUUACCAAGACGACAGCAGCCUUUCCUCUUGCAGAUCCCCGGCUCACUGAGGAUGAUGAUGACGGUGAAGGCUUUCCGCACUCCGGCGCGUCAUGGUUACGCCGUGGAAACGUCCCCGUUCGUCCCCCGCCGGCUGGCCUGCGCCGCCUCGCAGUACUACGGCAUCGCUGGUUGUGGCACACUGCUUGUCCUGGAUGAGACGGAGACAGGCAUUUCUAUAGUCAGAAGCUGGGAGUGGGGUGACGGUCUGUUUGACGUGGCGUGGAGUGAAACCAAUGAGCACGUGUUGGUCGCCGGGGGCGGAGACGGCAGCCUGCAGCUCUGGGACACAGCCAAUCACAACGCUCCGCUGAGGGUGGCCAAGGAACACACACACGAGGUGUACGCUGUAGACUGGAGUCAGACCAGAGGAGAGAAUCUGGUCGUGUCUGGAUCCUGGGAUCACACCGCCAAAGUGUGGGACCCCAGUCUCAGCAAAUCACUGACCACGCUUCGGGGUCACGAAGGGGUCAUCUACAGCACCAUUUGGUCGCCUCACAUCCCAGGAUGCUUUGCUUCAGCCUCAGGUGACGGGACUCUCAGAGUUUGGGAUGUGAAGAGUGCCGUGUGCCGAUUGGCCGUCCCAGCCCACAAGGCCGAGAUCCUCAGCUGUGAUUGGUGCAAAUACGACCAGAACGUCCUGGUGACAGGCUCGGUGGACUGCAGUGUGUGUGUGUGGGACCUGAGGAACAUCCGGCAGCCCGUCAGUCGGCUGCUGGGCCACACUUAUGCCAUCCGCAGAGUCAAGUUCUCUCCGUUCAGUAAGACGGUGUUAGCCUCCUGCUCGUACGACUUCACUGUCCGGUUCUGGGAUUACAGCAGGAACCAGCCUCUUUUAGACACAGUGGAGCAUCACUCAGAGUUCGUCUGUGGACUGGACUUCAACCUGCACAUCCCCAACCAGGUGGUGGACUGUUCCUGGGACGAGACGGUGAAGAUCUACACACCUGCCUGCCUGUCUGCUGGAACACACAGUGCAGCACCGUAGACCUUACACACACUAACACACACACACAUAAAGCAUCAGCAUCAGCAGCGGGCCGAGGAACAUGGACCUUUUUUUUUUUCACCCUCAGAACUUUGCCUGUUUCUCAAUUACGCUGAGGGAAUCAACUGGGUGUGGUGUCAUUCUGAUAAAGUACAAUUGUGAAAAUUAAUUCCUCUGUUGCAUAAUGAAAUGCUCUUUUCCUUUUUAACAUUGGAAGCAAAAGAAAGAAGGUAACACUUCUUUCAGAGUUUGAAUUGAAUAAGAGAGGGAUACAAUGGCAUUGUUGUUAAUUACGACUCAGCAAAAGUCCCUUUAUGAUUAACAACACACAUUAUGUUGAAUCUACAUCUUCAUGUUCUCUGAGAUGUUUUACAGCUCUGUGUGUGUGUGUGUGUGUGUGUGUGUGUGUGUGUGUGUGUGUGUCAUGAUAACGGUGCCAUUAUCCUGCUCUCCUUUAUCUCGCUGAUAUUCAGUGUGGACUGAGAGCAAAUGUCAUGUGUGACUGAUACAAUUUCACCGCUCAAAUGUCAUUUUCAGUUGCGCUUGGUGAUAAUCGCGAUGAUGACGAUAAUGAUGACGAUGCUGAUGGAGAUACGGGAUGUGCCGUGCCUUGUGUAAAGCAGCAAAUACCACUUGUGCUGCUGCUGCUGAUGACGAUUAUAAUAAUAAAGUACCGUUUCCUCGUUU